AUGCCCAACCCCCCCAUCCCCAUGGGGUGCUGCCCUCCCCCCAUCACCCCCCUCUCUCUCGCCCCCCCCCCAGCGCCCCCCACGGCCCCCCGCAGCGUGGUGUCGCGGCUGAACGGUUCCGGGGUUCGCCUGGAGUGGAGCACCCCCCGCGACUUGGGGGGUCGCUCCGACUCACCUACGCCGUGGGGUGCCGGGCGUGCCCCGAGCGGGCGCCCCUGCGGCCCCUGCACCCACCUCGCCUUCGCGCCCGGCGCCGCGGGGCUGCGCGGCCGCGGCGUCACCGUCACCGGCCUCCGGCCCUACGUCACCUACACCUUCGCCGUCAGCGCCCGCAACGGCGUCUCCCACCUCAGCCCCCACCCGCCCCCCCGCCGAGGAGGUCAAUGUCACCACCACCAAGGACGUGCCGCUGCCGGUGUACGAUGUGGUCCGGAUCGGGGGGUCCCCCACAGGGGUGACACUGUCGUGGCCGACCCCCCCUCCGGCCCCCCCCGGGAGCAACGUCCUCGACUACGAGGUCAAAUACUACGAGAAGGUGGCGGGGGGCGAGGGCCCCCCCAUGUUUCUGAAGGUGCCGCGCCACGGGCAGAGCUGGGGGGGCUGCGCCGAGGGGGGCUCUAUGGGGUGAGGGUCCGCGCCCGCUCCGAAGCCGGUUACGGGGACUUCGGCCCUGAGACCGCCGUCACCACCCAGGGCGCCGAGGGCUCCCGGGGGGAGCACGGGGGGCUCGUGGCGGGGGCUGCGGCCCUGGGGGGCCUCCUGGUGCUGGCGCUGCUCGCGGGGACCCUGCUCUGCUUCAGGCGCCACAGCCACCGGCACAGGGAGGACGCGGAUCGGCACGGCCACCGCCCCGCCGGGCACGGGGGGAAGCUGUACAUCGACCCCCUGACCUACGAGGACCCCGGGGUGGCCCUCAGGGACUUCGCCCAGGAGAUCGACGUCGCCUGCGUCAAGAUCGAGGAGGUCAUCGGGGCAGGGGAGUUCGGGGAGGUGUGCCGGGGCCGGCUGGCGCUGCCGGGGCGCCCCGAGUCGCCGGUGGCGGUGAAGACGCUGAAGGGGGGCGCGGGGGAGCGGCAGCGCCGGGACUUCCUGGGGGAGGCCGCCCGCAUGGGGCAGUUCGCGCACCCCAACGUGGUGCGGCUGCGGGGGGUGGUGACGGCCAGCGCCCCCGCCAUGAUCCUCACCGAGUUCAUGGAGAACGGCGCCCUCGACGCCUUCCUGCGGGGCCGGGCGGGGGCGCUGGGGCCGCUGCAGCUGGUGGCGAUGCUGCGGGGCAUCGCGGCGGGGAUGCGGUACCUGGCCGAGACGGGCUUCGUGCACCGCGACCUGGCGGCCCGCAACAUCCUGGUGGACGCGCAGCUCGUCUGCAAAGUGUCCGACUUCGGGCUCUCCCGCGCCCUGGACGAGGAGAGCUCGGCCGACCCCACCUACACCAGCUCCCUGGGCGGGAAGAUCCCGAUCCGGUGGACGGCGCCGGAGGCCAUCGCCUUCCGCAAGUUCACCUCGGCCAGCGACGCCUGGAGCUACGGCAUCGUCAUGUGGGAGGUGAUGUCCUUCGGCGAGCGGCCCUACUGGGACAUGUCCAACCAGGACGUGAUCAACGCCAUCGAGCAGGAUUACCGGCUGCCGCCGCCCCCCCGCUGCCCCACGGCGCUGCACCGCCUGAUGCUGGACUGUUGGCAGCGCGACCGCAACGCCCGGCCCCGCUUCCCCGACAUCGUCAGCGCCCUCGACCGCCUCAUCCGCCACCCCGCCACCCUCCGCAUCACCGCCCCCGACGCCCACCGGCCCUCCCCGCCCCAGCUGGCGCAGCGCAGCCCCCCCGCGCCCCCCGGGACCCCCGGGACCCCCUUCGCCUCGGUGGGCGAGUGGCUCCGCACGCUCCAGCUGGGCCGAUACGAGGAGACCUUCAGCAGCGCCGGCGUCACCAGCCUGGAGCUGCUGCCGCGGCUGCGCAGCGAGGACCUGCUACGCAUGGGGGUGACGCUGGCCGGGCACCAGCAGCGGAUCCUCGACAGCGCCCAGAGCCUGCAGAGCCCCCCCAAGGGGGACCCCCACUUCUGAGCCCCGCCCCCGCUGUGGCCCCGCCCCUGACAAGAUGGCUGCCAGGACGCCAUGGACCUGUUCUGAGGGGCUCGGCCCUGCUUGAAUCACCAAGAUCGCUGCCCCAGUAUGGCCGCCAUGCCAAGAUGGCCGCCAUGCCAAGAUGGCCGCCCCAAGAUGGCCGCUGCCCCAGUAUGGCCGCCAUGCCAAGAUGGCCGCCAUGCCCUGUUAUACCAAAGCAUGACUUUUCCCCGUGAUGUCACAGUGACAUCACCAGUGACAUCACCGGCACAGAUGACGUCACCGCUGGCUGCCCACGGACUCCAGGUUGGUGACGUCACCGGGGAGCGAGGCUGUGGGCGGGGCCUGCUGUGUGAUGUCACACCCCGGGGCUCCCGUGGCGUCGCCGCCCGUGACAUCAUCGCCGCGGGGCCGCACCUCCCCGGUGACGUCAUGAGGCCACGGUGAUGUCACAGCUCUUUGGCCCCACCCCUCCCUGUUGUGACCAAAGUGGGUGGGGCUGCGGAGGCCACGCCCAGGGGCGCAUCUUGAGGCGGGGGGGUGGGGUGGGUGGGCGGAGUCUGAGCAGGCGUGGUCCCAAUAGAUGGAGCCCGGGUGGGCGGGGCCCGGGUGGGCGGGGCCCCCCAGGUGCUUUUUAUUAUUUUUAUAUAUUUUGUUUUUUAAACGAUUCUGUUAAUUUAUGGCCCGAAGUCGGAGCCAAUUAAA